CCCGGAAAGGAAAUACAAUUUCAUAGAAUUGUUCCUUGAGAAUAGUAGAUUACACAAUAUGCUGACUCACAAUUCCCUGACAAAUUGUUUUUGAGCUAAAAUACCAAUGGUCUAUAAUUCAGUUUCUGGAUUUUCAAUAGAACUACUGAGUAAUAUUCAGUUCUGAUGCUUGUAGAUAAUUGGAAUAAUUUAGAAUAAGCCUGUUUUCUAACUGAUAACAAGUAUGUAAAUGCUAACGUUCAAGAAGCCGUGGAUAUCUAAAUCGUCUAAUUUUUUUUAGUUCCCACUGUAGAACACAUUCACAACUUUGUGAGACAUACAUACUAGAAGCAUCAGGUCUACCGCCUACGACUUCAGAAUAUUUACUUUUCGGAUAGUGAAUAGACAAAAUAUUUUUCUGGAAUCAGACAACACAAUAACGAUCAAAAAUGUACACAGUAUUCACAGAUAUUUCCCAUCAAUAAUACACAUAUAUAUAUGACGUCUGAAGAAACUUUCUAAAAUUCAGGUUCCACAGUAUUAUAAAACUACACGAAAUAUGUGUAGUUUACAAGUCAUUCUUAAGCCUUUGAAGACAAGUAAGGUUAGGCGUGGGAUUAGUAACCCCAUGAGCAUUCUAUCUCUGCACCACCAACGCGCCUCCUCCAGCAUAAUGAAAAUAAUAUGCAACUCACAAUUCAGGAAAGUUACAUAUAUACAAUGCUACGCACCUACGAAUAACACAGACCCAGUGAAGAAGAAGGAGGACUUUAUGCACUUAUUCCCCUUUGUGAAUCUGAAUAAAGCGAAAGCUGCCUACAGCCUAAAGGAAUUAUGAAGUUUAUGUACAGAAAAAUAUUAAUAUCCUUGAAAGGAGGAUUUUUGCAGAUAACUUCAAACACUAAUGCACAACGACCUAAGUGAUGACAUCAAAAUUCUAAUGGAUUAUAUGAAUGACAAACUGGAAGCAUACGACACAGGAGGAAAAUUCACCAAGGAUCAAAACGAGCUCAGUGAAAUGAACGAGAAUAGAGAACUAUUUGUGUACUUCAACGCUUUCAGUGAUUUGGUGUUUGGUCUAUUAACAAGGCAAUGUGAGUUUCAUCAGAUCAGCCUACCAAAAAUCACACAAACUUCAUUUAAUUCUCAAGAAAGCAAAGACGCAUCCAGCCCACUGUAUGCAAAUGUGAGAAGAGGAAUAGAUGUGGGCUCAGACCGCGCCCUGGUGCAGAGAACCUUCAAGAUAAAGUUGAAGGACGUCGAAAUAGAGAACGAACUAAUACAGAGAUGAACAACGAAAGGAGAAGCUGAGAAUAAUCUGCGGAGUAGAGAAGAUUGCUAGGAUAGACAACAGACGCCUUUACGACGCACUGCCAAUUGGUAAAGAACAGACUGCGUGUAAAUGUGACCUUACAAAAUUAUCAAAUAACCAGAUCACUAACCGGAUAAAAGUCAACGUAAAUGAAGCCAAUCAAAAAUAGUGAAAAUUAUCGUAUUUGUAUUGAUAAACCGACUUUGAAGAACCAGAAAAUCAUAUUGUUCGGCAUAAACCGGUUGGUAUUAAUACAUUACUGAGGAAAACACGCUUUUCAAGAAAAGAACUACAAAUUAUGUAUCAAGGUUUUAAACAAGAAUGUCCAGCUGGUACCCUCAACGAAGAUUCAUUUAAAGAUAUUUACUGCAAAUUCUUCCCCCAAGGAGAUGCAACUGUAUAUGCUCAGCUAGUAUUCAGAUCAUUCGAUCAAGAACAUAAUGGAACAUUAACAUUUGAACAAUAUAUUCAGUGUUUAUCAUGUUUAAUGCACGGUACACAAAAUGAUAAACUACGUUGGGCAUUUCGAUUAUAUGAUAUAAACGGUGAUGGUUUUGUAACUAAAGGUGAAAUGUUGAAAGUUGUUAAUGCUAUUUAUGAUUUACUUGGACGAAAUACAGAACCACCAAUUAAUGAAUCUACUACUGCUAAUCAUGUAGAAAGAGUAUUUCAAAGACUGGAUUUGAAUCAAGAUGGUGUAAUUAGUUUUGAAGAGUUUUUACAGGCUUGUGCUUAUGAUCCUACUGUAUGUGAUGCUCUGGACAAACUAACCACCAUUUUAUGAAUCACUAUUGGUAAUACUCACUUUCAGACAAAAAAUGAUUGAUAAAACUCCCUAUGUGCAUUGUUAUUCACAGUGAUUGACUGAUUUACUUACCCGUCUGUCACUAUCACCCAAUACUGCUGCCACCACUACUUCUUUUGAAACCAUUAAACCAUUAUUUCAUUGAAGUGAAAAUAUCUCUUUCCUGUAAUUUUCUCUAUUACUUCAUACAAGUGCUAUUGUUAUUAUUAUUAUUAUUACUUAAUAAUCAGAAGAACAGAGUAAAAGAUCAUUAUAUUCUCUUGAAACUUUUCUCACUCAUAUGCGUAACCGGUAAAUUUCCAACUUUUCUGUUUGUCAUUUAAGGAGACAGCCUAAAACAAAACUUCUGUUCCUGAAAUACAAUAGCAUUACCGCACCAAGUGGUAUGCAGUAAGUAAUAGACUGUAGCAGAUGCAACUAAUCAAGGCAAAAAUUCUUAUAUGUAGUUGCUUUCUGAGUAAAUCAAUGUUACACUCUACUUUUUAAUAAUAAUAAUAAUAGUAGAAAUUAGUCAGCCUUAAAAUGUUUGCAUAAUCUACUAAAUUUCGUUCCCUUAUAUUGAAGUGAAUUGUUUUGAUGAUAAUCAAUAAUAAUCGUAACAUAUUGUUGACAGUCAUAUCUACUGAUAUUGUGGUGAGAGUUGUCUGCAGGCCAAAAUUGUAGACAACAAUUUACGUCAGUGUUUACGUCCCGAAUCGGGGUCAUGAGAAAAAACAAUAACAUAGCUUAACCUUGACGAACUCACCAACCAAUUACAGAGGAGUUAAAGUGUAGAAAUAUGAUUCACAGAUAUAUGACCUGAUUUCCUGAGAAACGGUCACAAGCAGUACAGAAUAACCUUCAGCAAGAAAACAACCAGUCAGAAGACGUUGCUUCGCUGCCAACAAUAACGCUAAGAAUAAUGUACAUAAAAAUCGAUAAAGACCUCUUGAUUUUCCCAAUGAACGAUCUGUUGCCUGGCUCUUGUCUUCCGUCGUUACAACAUGAUCCUAGCCAGCUGAUGAUUUAAUAGCGAUAAACAUUGUAGGACGAUGAACAUACAUUAGUGAUAGGCAUCUAGUUAUUUCUAAGUUAACUGUUUGAUACAAAUUAGCUUGAAAAAUAGUACAAAUUCUGGAUAAUCGGUUCCAAUAAAGAAAUUCUGCAGAGUCACGUUGAGGUUGUGCAGAGAAGCGUUAUGAAAAACACGCUGAUAUGGAUUAAACGUUACUACCCAGUCUUGAUUAUUGCCUUUA